AUGCCAUCAUCAAUCCGCACGCUGACAACCGCCCGCGAAAAGGUCAAAGUUCUCCUCGUUCUCUACGACGGUGGCAAGCACGCCCAGGAAGUCCCUGCCCUUCUCGGAACGACUGAGAACGAGCUCGGCAUCCGCAAGUGGCUCGAGGACCAGGGCCACACUCUGGUCACCACCUCUGACAAGGAGGGCCCCAACUCCAAGUUCGACCAGGAGCUAGUCGACGCCGAAGUCAUCAUCACCACCCCCUUCCACCCCGGUUACCUGACCGCUGAGCGUCUGGCCAAGGCCAAGAACCUGAAGAUUGCCAUCACCGCUGGUAUCGGCUCUGACCACGUCGACCUCGUCGCCGCCAACAAGACCAAUGGCGGUAUCACCGUUGCCGAAGUCACCGGCUCCAACGUCGUCUCCGUCGCUGAGCACGUCGUCAUGACCAUCCUGGUUCUGCUCCGCAACUUCGUGCCCGCCCACGAGCAGGUUGCCAGCGGCAAGUGGGACGUCGCCGCCGUCGCCAAGCAGGAGUACGACCUCGAGGGCAAGGUUGUCGGAACCGUCGCCGUCGGCCGCAUUGGUGAGCGUGUCCUGCGCCGCCUCAAGCCCUUCGGCUGCAAGGAGCUGCUGUACUUCGACUACCAGGGUCUGUCCCCCGAGGUCGAGGCCGAGAUUGGCUGCCGCCGUGUCGACACCCUCGAGGAGAUGCUUGCCCAGUGUGACGUUGUCACCAUCAACUGCCCUCUGCACGAGAAGACCCAGGGCCUGUUCAACAAGGAGCUCAUCAGCAAGAUGAAGAAGGGCUCAUACCUCGUCAACACCGCCCGUGGCGCCAUCGUCGUCAAGGAGGACGUCGCCGAGGCUCUCCGCACCGGCCACCUCGCCGGCUACGGUGGUGAUGUCUGGUUCCCCCAGCCCGCCCCUGGCGACCACCCUCUCCGCACUGCCGUCAACCCCUUCGGUUUCGGUAACGCCAUGACCCCCCACAUGUCCGGAACCUCCCUGGAUGCCCAGAAGCGCUACGCCGACGGCACCAAGGCUAUCCUGGAGAGCUACCUGACCGGCAAGCACGACUACCGCCCUCAAGAUCUGAUCGUCUACGGUGGUGACUGGGCUACCAAGUCUUACGGCCAGCGUGAGAAGAUCAACACUGUCAAGCAGUAGAUGGUGGAAGAAAGAAGGAGACGAGGAGGUAUUGCCUGGCCUUGAAAGGGGGGAACAAGAAAAACCCACCCACAGAACAAACAAAGUGAAACUUAACAAAAU